AAAUGGGGAUUUGAUGAUUUCUGUCAUUCUGUUCUUGUUUGUGGACCGAGUCUUCUUCUUCUGUCAUUCCCAGAGCAUCCAUACCCACUGAAAAUAUAGUGACCUACGUAGGGAACAAGGGCAGAUAUGGGAAAGGAGUGCGCAUUAGAGGUUUCACAGAGGGAAUGUGGGAGAUAGAGAACACUCCUAGAGUAUGCAGCAAACAGAAGGUGGGUGUUACCCCAGCUAAAAGAGAGCAAGCAGAGAAAAAGCCAGACCAGUCCAAGACAUCUGCACCGGUCAAAGCCCCAAUAAAGGCCCCUAAAACACAAGCGAAGACUAUCAAGACAGUGUCAGUGACGGCCCCGGGAAACAAGGCGUUGCCGGGAAACAAGGCGUUGCCGGGAAACAGAAAAACAUCUGCCGACGGCCAACAGAGGACCGAUACGCCGGCCAACACAAGAGCUGAGAAAAGGAAAAAGAUCGGAAUGUAUUCUUCCCAGGACGAGUCUGUCCAAGGGCAGAAGACAGCCCCGGCCAGUUCAGCUGUAAUCCCACCAGCCAGCAAGAAGACGAGAUUGACGGAGGAGAAAAGCUCGUCCACUCCAAAGAGCGAGAAGACCACAGAAGAGAGAAAGAAACAGGACGAGAGAAGAGGGAGGAAGAGGAAAAAGGAUGAUGAGGGAGAGAAGAUGAAGGAAGUUGGUGUUGAAGAGGGAAAGAUUGAAGUCAGUAAGAUGAGGAAGAUGGAAAGUUUAGAAACAGACAAACAAGUAAUCCACAAGGAAGAGGUUAAGAAGGGGGACGAAGAGGAGGGUGGGGUAGCAGACGAGGAGGAGGCUGGGUUAGUGAAGGGGAACGAAGAGGAGGGUGGGGUAGCAGUGAAGGGGAACGAAGAGGAGGGUGGGGUAGCAGUGAAGGGGAACGAAGAGGAGGGUGGGGUAGCAGUGAAGGGGAGCGAAGAGGAGGGUGGGGUAGCAGUGAAGGGGAACGAAGAGGAGGGUGGGGUAGCAGUGAAGGGGAGCGAAGAGGAGGGUGGGGUAGCAGUGAAGGGGAACGAAGAGGAGGGUGGGGUAGCAGUGAAGGGGAACGAAGAGGAGGGUGGGGUAGCAGUGAAGGGGAGCGAGGAGGAGGCUGGGGUAGCAGUGAAGGGGAGCGAGGAGGAGGCUGGGGUAGCAGUGAAGGGGAGCGAGGAGGAGGCUGGGGUAGCAGUGAAGGGGAGCGAGGAGGAGGAGGCUGGGGUAGCAGUGAAGGGGAACGAGGAGGAGGAGGCUGGGGUAGCAGUGAAGGGGAACGAUGAGGAGGCGGCUGGGGUAGCAGUGAAGGGGAACGAUGAGGAGGCGGCUGGGGUAGCAGUGAAGGGGAACGAUGAGGAGGAGGCUGGGGUAGCAGUGAAGGGGAACGAAGAGGAGGAGGCUGGGGUAGCAGUGAAGGGGAACGAAGAGGAGGAGGCUGGGGUAGCAGUGAAGGAGACCGAUACUGUCACAGAGAUCAGUCCUGGUCAGGAUGAAGAGCGUCUGCGACGUCUGGCGGCCAGGAGAGAGAGUGUCCUGAAGUCUCUACAAGGACUUCUCACUAGAGGGAAGGGCCUGAGAAGACACAGCCUUAAACCUACACGGACACAGAAAAAUGGAGCUGAAGAGAAGAAGAGUAGAAAGACAGGCGGGCAGAAAAAGGACAGAAAAACAGCGAGUAAGACAGCAGGCGGCAAGGCAGCAGGCGGCAAGGCAACGGACAGGAAGACAACAGAUGAGAAGGUGGAAAGUACGAAAACGGAAGUAAAAAAAUUGGAAGGCAAAAAAACUGAAUGUAAGAAACCAGAACAAAAGAUAGAGAAGAAAGUGGAGAGCAAGAAAUCAGCGGAGGCUAAGAAGUCCGACUCGACCCGGGCGGAGGCUAAGAAGUCCGACUCGACCCGGGCGGAGGCUAAGAAGUCCGACUCGACCCGGGCGGAGGCUAAGAAGUCCGACUCGACCCGGGCGGAGGCUAAGAAGUCCGACUCGACCCGGGCGGAGGCUAAGAAGUCCGACUCGACCCGGGCGGAGGCUAAGAAGUCCGACUCGACCCGGGCGGAGGCUAAGAAGUCCGACUCGACCCGGGCGGAGGCUAAGAAGUCCGACUCGACCCGGGCGGAGGCUAAGAAGUCCGACUCGACCCGGGCGGAGGCUAAGAAGUCCGACUCGACCCGGGCGGAGGCUAAGAAGUCCGACUCGACCCGGGCGGAGGCUAAGAAGUCCGACUCGACCCGGGCGGAGGCUAAGAAGUCCGACUCGACCCGGGCGGAGGCUACGAAGUCCGACUCGACCCGGGCGGAGGCUACGAAGUCCGACUCGACCCGGGCGGAGGCUACGAAGUCCGACUCGAGGCGGGCGGAGGCUACGAAGUCCGACUCGAGCCGGGCGGAGGCUACGAAGUCCGAAGUCAAGAAACUGGAGACAGAAAAGGUAGAGAGACGACAGGAGGAGGAGCCUAAAUCACCUCAGAGAGGUGUACCAGGGGACGGCCAGAAAACAGACAGCGUGUCUAAGCUACAUGCCACUAAAGAAUCUUUCAGUCUGACGGACUCUACCCUGCACCGUAUACACGGAGACAUACGCAUCUCUCUGAAGACGGACAACCCUGACAUUAGUAAGUGUCUGACAGCGCUGGACCAACUCAGUAUGGUCUAUGUAACAUCACAACACGUCCAGAGACACAGUGAACUCAUCACUACGCUCAGAAAGAUGCGUCGUUUCCGCAGUAACCAGGACGUGAUGGACAAGGCAUCGAUGCUCUACAACCGCUUCAAGAACGCAUUCCUAUUGGUUAACGACAAGGAUAACGUCAUCAGCCCCGAGUUCCUCCGCUCGCUCCUGGAGGAGAAAGAGAGGGAGGAGGAGGAGAGGGUGGAGAGAUGGAGGGAGAAACAGAAGAGGAGAGGAGAGGUGCUGCAGGAGGUUCGCAGGAGAAUGAGUCAACUGGAGGAGAGGAGGGAAGGAGAGAAAGGGGUCGUGACUGAGAAGAAGGAAGAGGAGGUGCCAGAGGAGGUGCCAGAGGAGGUGCCAGAGGAGGUGCCAGAGGAGGUGCCAGAGGAGGUGCCAGAGGAGGUGCCAGAGGGUGGGAGCUCCGAACUCCAAUAGCCUCAUCCUGAGCUCCACUGUGAGAAACGGAGCAGGGUGAAGUUGCCCCUAGACUCUGAUCUUGGUGCAGGCUACAAUUUUUGACCACUAAUGGUUGAAGGUUAGUAUUUGGGGAGGGAAACUGAUUCUAGAUCUGUACCUGGGUGUGACAGAACAAUGGAACAUACAGAACAAUGGAACAUACAGAACAAUGGAACAUACAGAACAAUGGAACAUACAGAACAAUGGAACAUACAGAACAAUGGAACAUACAGAACAAUGGAACAUACAGAACAAUGGAACAUACAGAACAAUGGAACAUACCAACUCAGAAUCAGAGGGGGUGAACACGGAACAUACCAGCUGUCCAACUGGGGUUAUGAUGUUUCUUAACCCUCUCUUGUCCAAUCAGAGUAUUUGGACAACCCCCUCACCCAUAUUCAUUGGUGCACACCGUUUCAAAAACAUUGCAGACGUUUUGCAAUGGUGAAGGACAACGAGUGUUUUUUUUAUUUUUAUUGUAUUUUUUUAUGGGACAAGUUCAGGGUGUUAGGUCUUCUAGUGAAGAGGGCUCGGGUGUUUUCCUAAACACAGACCUGGGGAGUGUGUUGUCUCCUUUCCCUGAGGAGGAGAGGAGAGGAGAGAAGAAGGCCCUACUUAUAGGAUGUAGAAACCAGGGAACAGUUCAGUCUACACAUGUUUUUACUUUCCUGAUGUUUAUUUUUUAUUUUUUUAUAUAUACACCUUGUAUGUUCUCUUAAAUACUAUACUUAAUGUGGUUGUAUAGUUCUUAACGGUGAUGUAUAGACGACAUUCUACUUAGCCUGGAUUCUUACUUAGCUUGUACUCCUUGUCCUGCAGUAAGUAGCCAAGUUGGUUAUUGCUUUAGGCCAGAUGGCUAGUUGCCUAAAGCAGGUCUGGUUGCCUGGUAAUAUUACCCUUCAGGGAUCUCCUUCAAUAGCCAUCCCUGCUCAUGGUUGUAACCCCCCAGGGCCAGACAGUAGCACACAAGUUAAGAGUCUGUCAUCUGAUUCAUCCCAGGACAGACAGCGUUGUUAUAUUUGAACCUGGGACAGACAGCAUUAUAUUUGAGCCCCUUAUUCAACUACAAUGACACUUGUUUUCAUCCACAGAGACACAGACAGGCGUUGGUUUUCAUCCACAGAGACACAGACAGGCGUUGGUUUUCAUCCACAGAGACACAGACGGGCGUUGGUUUUCAUCCACAGAGACACAGACGGGUGUUGGUUUUCAUCCACAGAGACACAGACGGGCGUUGGUUUUCAUCCACAGAGACACAGACAGGCGUUGGUUUUCAUCCACAGAGACACAGACAGGCGUUGGUUUUCAUCCACAGAGACACAGACAGGCGUUGGUUUUCAUCCACAGAGACACAGACGGGCGUUGGUUUUCAUCCACAGAGACACAGACGGGCGUUGGUUUUCAUCCACAGAGACACAGACAGGCGUUGGUUUUCAUCCACAGAGACACAGACAGGCGUUGGUACUGUUCUGUGAAAUGGUUUUAAAGGGGAAAACAUUUUGGUUUUGACUCUGGAGUAGAUUUGUGUUACACCUGACUUUUUUAGAUGUGUUUUACAGUUGUCAUUUUCACUGGUAAAAAAUGUUAGUAUUAAUUCAGUUUACACAGUCGGUCAAUAAACCGUUCUACAUUAAAAUGAGA